CCCCAGACCCACUGCAUCCCUCUGCGGCCGGGUUGUCCUGUAUCCCACGGCGGGCUCUCUCUGCCUCCUGUAUCCGCUGCGCCAGCUGCGUCCGCUGUACCCACUGUGCCCGUGCUGCUGCUGCCGUCGCCGCUGCUCGACGCGGGGGACGCCGGCGAGGUGGUGAUUGGAGCCCUGCGGAGAGCCCUUGCGUGCCCGGCUCGGCCCCAGGAACCCAGGCUGCCCUGACCCCUGUUCUCUCUGCCGCCGUGAAGCCAUGAGCUGUGUCCUGAAGGGCGUCGUCCCCUUGGGGCUGGUGUUGCUGGUCUGCGGAGCCCAAGGCUUUUUCCUGCCCAACGUCACACACUUAGAGAAGAUGCUUAGCAAAUACCAGCAGGACAGACCCCACUCCCGGGUCCGGAGGGCCAUCCCCCGGGCGGACAAGGAGGAGAUCCUCAUGCUUCACAACAAACUUCGGGGCCAGGUGUACCCGCCCGCCUCCAACAUGGAGCACAUGACCUGGGACGACGAGCUGGAGAGGUCGGCAGCGGCGUGGGCCCAGGAGUGCAUCUGGGAGCACGGGCCCACCAGCCUGCUGGUAUCCAUCGGGCAGAACCUGGCCGUGCACUGGGGCAGGUAUCGCUCCCCCGGCUUCCACGUGCAGUCCUGGUAUGACGAGGUGAAGGAUUACACCUACCCCUCCCCCGACGAGUGCAAGCCCUGGUGCCCCGAGAGGUGCUCAGGGGCCAUGUGCACCCACUACACCCAGAUUGUCUGGGCCACCACCAACAAGGUCGGCUGUGCCGUGAACACCUGCCAGAGGAUGAACGUCUGGGGAGAGGUGUGGGAGAAUGCGGUCUACCUCGUCUGCAAUUACUCUCCAAAGGGGAACUGGAUUGGAGAAGCGCCCUACAAAAACGGCCGGCCCUGCUCUGAGUGCCCGCCCAGCUACGGAGGCGGCUGCAGGAGCAACUUGUGUUACCGAGAAGAGACUUACGACCAAAAGCCCGAAACGGACGAGAUGAACGAGGUGGAGGUGGCUCCCGUCCCUGAAGAGAAGCACGUCUGGGUGCAGCCGAGGGUUGUCAGGCCCACCAAGCCCAAGAAGACCCCUGGGGUGAACUACAUGACCCAAGUUGUCAAGUGUGACACCAAAUUGAAGGACAAGUGCAAAGGGUCCACAUGCAACAGGUACCAGUGCCCAGCAGGCUGCCUGAACAGCAAAGCGAAGAUCUUUGGGACCCUCUUUUAUGAAAGCGCGUCCAGCAUCUGCAGGGCAGCCAUUCACUACGGCAUCCUAGAUGACAAAGGGGGCCUGGUGGACGUCACCAGGAACGGGAAGGUCCCUUUUUUCGUGAAGUCUGAGCGAAACGGUGUGGAGUCUUUGAGCAAAUACAAGUCUUCCAGCUCCUUCACGGUGUCAAAGGUGAAAGUGCAGGACCUGGACUGCUACACCACCGUCGCCCAGCUCUGCCCGUUUGUGAAGACGGGGACCCACUGUCCGAGAGUUCGUUGUUCGGCGUACUGCAAAGAUGAGCCAUCCUACUGGGCUCCCGUGUUUGGGUCCAACAUCUAUGCAGACACUUCGAGCAUCUGUAAGGCAGCCGUGCACGCGGGGGUCAUCAGGAACGAGAGCGGGGGCUACGUGGACGUGAUGCCCGUGGACAAGAAGAAGAUCUACGUGGGCUCGCUCAGGAACGGAGUCCAGUCUGAAAGCCUGAGGACCCCUCGAGACGGCAAGGCCUUCCGGAUCUUCGCUGUCAGGCCGUGAAGCCCCAGCGCCGGGGAGAGGGGGCGCCUUCAGAAGGGCUUCGGGGGUUUGCUUUUUAUUUUUACGUUGUCAUUUGGGGGGUGGGCUGGGGAUCUGGAGAGUCAGGAAGCUUCCUUGAGUGGCGUUCGGUGCCCCAUCCUUCAUGCCUUGUCUCAUCUCUGCACCGUGGAGAAACAGCAUCCUCGGGGUCCUGACCACACAGCUGGUGGCCGGUCCCGCUGACGCCUGGGGGUCCCCACCUGGGGGCCCUCUCUGCAUAGACAGUCAUCCGAGACGUUCCUUCCUGUAUGUUCUUUUGUGGGUCUCUAAGCCCGCAAAGAGCACAGCGGGUUUGGGGCUCAUGCGAUAAGGCCCGCAGGGGCGUGGGGAGAGACACGGCGAGCGCACGUGGGCUGAGUUUCAGGAAAGGAGUAGAAGGUAGUUAUUUAAAAAAUUAAAAAACACCGUCCCUACCAAUGGAGAAAAAUGGGUUUAAUGUUUGCUGGUCAGACAAACGGGUGGGAUCAAGGGGCUGGGGGAAGGGAGACGCCGCUCUGCCCUGGCGCCUGUCCUCGCCAGCAUCCUGCCGUGCGCAGGCUGGGUCUACAUACAGCAGUGCUGGUUUAUUUAGAGUUCAGCAGUAACUCCAGAGGUUUAUCUUGUCUUUGUCCUUCUCUUCGUCCACGUGGCCUGUCUGUUUGCUGCCGUGACCUUUGGUCUCAGUGAGGACUAAUGAACCAGGCUCCUUUCUUUACCCCCUACCCAUUGUGGCUCCCGCCCCAGCCCAGACGAGUUUACGUGUCAUAUUUCACACCCGGGUCUUUGCUUUGCAAGCAGUUCUGUCUGAAGCCCACUUUUUAAAUUUAAUUCCUGGUCUGUGUUGGUUCCAUUGAGAUGUCUAAAAAACAGCCAAAGAAGGGCUAUUUUGUUGCUGCUUUUAGAAAAAUGACAAGUAAAUGUGCAGAUUCCCCGUCUGUCGGAUGACCUAUUUUUUAGCAGUGGGAGGAAAGGAAUCCAGAGCACAUUCCUCGCCGAGGUUAGCAGCUCUGGGAGGAGGAACCGUUUGUGGUUAUGAAACCGUCCUGCGGCGUAAUGACAACAAGAGAUGGGAACACUCUAGAAGGAUUUCUCUUCCUGUUUUUGUGGAACGACUCUUGCCAAAUGUUCCCUAGGCUCCGAGGACUGCGGUGCCCUCUGGCUUCCAUCCCUUUGUAAGAGUUCUUCAUAAGCCCAGACCAAAACCCACAGUGAAAUAAAAUCCCCUUUUGUAAAUAGUAUGUCUUUGCAGAAGGUGGCAUUCCACCCUCCGCCAUUACGCUGGCCAGUAUAUCGCUUUUGUGAAUGUCGGUUUCAGGUUGAUUUCAAGCACCAUCAAAAUGUUUCAAAGGCAAAGGAACUAGCAGAAAGUGAAAAAAAAAAAAAAAAAAACCCAAAAAACCAAGCUAGCUUGGGCAAGGAACUCUCUACCUGGGAACUCGGGGCGUGGGUUGUUGAGUGCAUGUCUAAUAAAUGCAGAAACUGAAGGGGAAUCGCUGCCCCUCCCUGCAGGGAGUCUGUCAAAGCGAUGAAACGUUUUGCUUGACGGAGCUGAAAUGAGCAGGACUGAGUUUUUCCUGGUGCAUUGUGGGCUCGUAGUAAUUCACAGGUUCUGAGUAUUCAACCCCAAAUACCAGAGCAAGGAAAUUUGGUCAGCCUGUCAGAUAUUGUGUCCAGGUGCAGCCCAAGAUGUGAGUACUCAGAAACUUCUGGAUUCGAGGUGUUGUGCUGCUAGAUUUGGUCCAUCGGACUUGUGCCUUGUCACCAGCCUCUCGUGGCUGUGGCUAUGUCGAGACUGCAAGUUUGGGGUUUUGGAAUCAGUGACAGUCCUGGAGGUUGCAGCGGGUUUGUCCUUGAACUGUCCCUACCUGAGGUCUCAGAAUCUGAAACUUCCAGGGUGAGUCGACCCCAUCAUUUAAAAAUAAAGUUCCCAGCUUCCUGAUUGCCUCUUCCCGCCCAGCUAAUGGGAUUAAAGGUCCUCACCAGACCCAGACCUUCCUGUCUUUUUUUGUCCUCACGAACAUUUUGAAACUGGAACCAUUUUUCUUCUGAAAAUGGAAACAAAACUACCAAAUAGAAGCCCUUGUAAUGAGGGACGGCCUCUGAUUUGGUGUGUUUAGGGCCCAUCGCGCCAUCGACACUUAACCCAUAAAAAGAUGACAAAUCAGGCCAACAGUGUUUCUGGGUCUCCCGCCCCUAGAAUGAAAAUUUUCGGUUUCCUUCCGAUUUUUGCCCCACCGUGUUCUGAUUUUCCGUGUUGUCUGUAGGCUCACUCAGCCCGCAGCUUACGUGUGUGCUUUUUUCUAUGAAAAAUGAUGUGUUUUGCUACUUCCUAUGUACAAAAGUUUCUUGUAAAGUUUGUGUGUGUGCUUUGCAUGAACAGGGACCACGUUGCCAUUGUUUCAAUAAAACCGGUUUGAUUUCUAAGA